AUGUCUGACUUCAAGAACCGGUCCGUCUCUGACAUGCAGCACCCCAACACUUCAUCUCACAAGCGAGAUGACGACGAGACGUAUCGUAUGACCGUCCUUCGAUUCGACAAGACCGAGGACGAGGUGGACCAGCACUUCCUACAAAUGGCACUUGAUCUGGGCAUCAACAUUCCACAAGAACCCAAGACGACCAUCGACCUCAUCACUAGCAAUGUCGCUACUCUUAAUAUCAAUUCUGACUCCCCAGAACCACACCAGCUGUCCCCCUCCCGAGCCUCCGAAUCCACACAUACAGCAUCCGAAAGUUCCAUCGAACAGAUGGAGCAUACAAAGACACCCUCACUUACCGCCACAUCCGUUACCACUGCUUCCAUUAGCUCGGCAGCAUCCAACAAGUCCAACUACGUCAAGGUCAGGAACGGCUUUCGUCGGAUAUCAAGACUACACAGGCGGAAGACAAUGGCGGUACCCGUCCCAGCAAUACCACUUCGCACCUCGUCUAUGUUUCACAUCUUAAGACCUGGCUUGGAGCCUCGUGCAAUAACGGCGGACCAAAUCGCUACAAUCUACAAUCCCCAGCCUCACGCGAUAACGACAGACCAAAUACGGACCCUUUCAAUACCCCGCAAACGGGUCAUGUCUACCACAUAUAAUGCACCGCCUCCGCUACCACCGCCUGCACCCUUGUCGCCGCCUCUCCGUUCUCCAGGGGAAGAAACAAUAGAGACUCUCUAUGCCCGUCGCCGUAGCAUAUCGAAUCCCACCCUCAAGAAGCUCCGGACAACUCAACUACAAGAACAACUCCGCUUCAUCAGCUUCGAGGCCUCGCAACACCGCCUCAUGCGCACCAAGCAGCUACAACACAAACGGGAUUCCCUCUCCCGGUAUCAAGACCAGGAAAGGGAUACCCACGCCCACCACACCGAGGCUCUUUCCUCCCUCGAAACUCGACAUUUGACCGCGGAAGUCGACCUCCAAAGGACCCUGCAAUUGGAACGUCAAGCUUGCGAUACCCGUUUGAAACACAUGCAGGCGUACUGCAAUCCACGCUCAACGGUAGCAGGGAUGCCCUCGCGAGUGGUUACGAAAUCCGACUAUCGUCAGCUAGAACAACAAUAUCACAUACGCAACGGCAUGGAUAACCUUCACGCUUCCCGCAUUAACGUCUUACGAGAAAGGCAAGGGAAGCAACAAGAGCGUAUAAUGGCAAAGCAAGAGGCCGAGCUCGAAACUCUCGAGUCGAACUUUGAGCAGCAGAAUGAAGAAUUGGAUACGAAGUUUCGAGAGGAGGAAAUGCAGCUGCAGCAAGAGUUUGCCGAGCGCAAGAAAAGACUUGUCAGACGAUGGGCACUGGCUGAGGCAAUCGAGAGGCGGAAAUUGGAGAAAGCAACUGGCGAGACCUUUGAGCCUUUGCCUCCUAUCUUCUGGUCCGGCGAUGAGGAUGGCAGGGGCAAAGAGAAAGAAAGAGCAAGGGAGGUACCGGGGAAAGAGGACAAUCCGACGUACGACGCUAUGAAUAUGAUCUGA